AUGGCAACAACUACUUCUGAUCCAAUACAACAACAAGAACAGCAACGAUAUCCUUCAUAUACAAAUAACAGUGAUGAAGAAAGCGAUACUGAUACACAAGACCAAGAGCAACAACAAUCCAAUUCUGAUGACUUUGUUUCAUUCCCAACAAUUCCAGAUCCAGAAUUAAACAAUUCAAAAUCAAUUUCAGGACUACUAUCAGAAACAUUAAGAAAAGUUACUGCAAAUGCUUCACAUUUAGUUCUGAAUUAUUCUCAAAAUUAUGUAACUUCUCCAAAGUCUGUAUAUACUGAAGCUCAUCCUGAGAAUUAUAAACUUAAAGAUUCACCUAAACAAGAUACUGUCGAGGAAGAAGAUGAACAUACAACAACUCAAAUAGUACGCGUUCCAGGAGAUAUUGGAAGUGCUAUCCCAAUUACAAAUGUUACUUCUGCUACUGUUUCUGCAACUACAAAUACUGCAGGCACUACAAAUUCAAGUGUUGUUGGUCUUGGAAUUGCAUCAGGACCAACCGUAUUAGGGAAAGAAUCAAGAAGCAAAAUGCACUCUCCUGAAAUGAGAAUGCCCUCACCAGUAGAAUCUAAAGACUUAAGCAAAAUCGCUAGUUCACCUACAGUAAGUAGCCGAUUUGGAUCAUCAACACCUCCUGUUCCAUUACAUCUGAGUGAAGAAAGAGAUAAGCUCCCACCACAUAUGAAUAUACGACAAACUAAAGCAGAAGAUACACCUAGGGUUACAUCAGAUAAUAAAACUCUUAGGAUUUCAACAAUGCAUUUCCCCAGGAUACAAUCAGUUAAUAAUAGUGCAACUAGUUCUGUUCAUAAUAUCCAUGCAGUUGCUGCAGCAGGUGCCAAUGAGGUGGAAUCUAUAGAUGGCGAUCGAAGAGUGAAUGUGGAUACUGAUUCAAAGAAGCCUUCCAAGAAAGCAGAAGCAACCAAUAAUAGGACAUUGCAAAGUAGGAUUUCUUCAAUUUUUAAUAAUCUACCUAAUGAUAUUGAACUUUCUGAUGAUUCCGCGUCAGAUGCUGAAAGUACCAUGUCAGUCAAUAUACUGCAUAGAAAUCAUUUUACAUUAGAGAAUCCAUCUAGUACCAAUAUAAGUAUGAGGGGGAACUAUUUACCAUAUGAUAUAAGUUCCAUGUAUAGUGAAUCCAUUGCAAAAUCAUCCCCAAUCAAAGCAGAAAGAAGAAUAGCAUCAAGUAUAUUGUCAGAUUCAGGACAGUCACCAACUGUAUCUUCAUUUCAUGCCUUACAAUCUAAAGAUCAAGUCAAUGCCAUCAAGAAAAGACCAACAUCAAACUUAUCAGCUGUAUUAUUAGACAAUGCAAAAACAAUAAUCACAAAUAAUAUAGGAGUGGUUGCAUCAUCAGCAUCAUCAAUCUAUAGUGGUAGGACAAGAGAGAAGAAACCUAAACGAAAACCCAAAAAGACAUCUGAAAAUCCAUUAAAGAGUGGAGGAAUCCCCAAGAAAUAUUGGAUGAAUGAUGCAUUUGUUUCAGAUUGUUUGAAUUGUUUAAGACCAUUCACGGCUUUUAGAAGAAAACAUCAUUGUCGAUUUUGUGGACAGAUCUUUUGUGCUGAUUGUACAUUAUUCAUAUCAUAUAAUCAACAUAAAGAUGAACGAAACAAUUCCAAUCCUCGUGGUGCCCAUAAAAGACCAUAUAAUGACAAACUUAGAGUGUGUAAGCCAUGUUAUAGUGAUGUUAUUAUAUAUCUUAGUGAUGAUUCUUCAUGUUCGGAAGAUGAGCAUGCAAUUGUGGAUGAAGAAGCGAUUGAAGAUGUGGUGGAUACUACCAAGGGGAAACAUGGUGAGGAAUUGAUUGUUCCUAAUCAUCCAUUAUCAAGGAUUAGGUCAUUGUCGACGACUUCAUAUAGGGAUAGUGUUAUGAAUGAACCAGGUACAAUUUUGGCGAAUAAGGCUGGUGCGUUAAAGAAUGAAGGGUCAAAUGCUACACUUAGUAGUAAUUCAAAUUCUCCAUCUCGAGGUAAUAAUGGAAAUGUCAAUCAUAAUAACAACAUCAAUAGUCAAUUCACAUAUCCUGAUGAAUCAAUUAAAGUUCAUCCUAAACAAGCACCACGUAUGGCUAUCCCAACUACGCGAACAGGGGAAUCGGUUGAAAUUCCAUUAAUGAGAAGUAAUUUAUCAGGAUCAAACCUAAAGACAUCUUCAAGUGGAUAUGGAUCCAGUUUAAAAGUGAGUACAUUAACACCAACAACACCUCAUCAUUAUCAUACACCACAAUCAUCAACUUCAAAUGAUGUUAAUAAGAAUUGGAGAAUGAAUUAUUCUCAUCUAUCACCGAUUUCUCAUCAUCGUCCAGAAUUAGUAACUAGUCGAAGUUUGGACAACAUAAGUGGAGCCACCAAUACCUUCGUUGCUCGAAAAGUUUCACUCAAGAAAUUCAGAGUCCAAUCAGGUUCAGGAACAGAUUUAAGAAGACAUAUGUCACGAAAAGAAGGAUCAGUCGAGCCUGGUGACAUGCCCCAUCCUGGUCAUUUUGAAGGCAUAUAUUCCGACGCCGAUGAUGAUGAUUAUGAUGAUGAUGAAUAUGAAGAUGAAGACGAAGGAUAUGACGAUGAUGAAGAUGGGAUCGAUGCCCAUGGUGGAGGCAUUAGUGAUAAUGAAGAAGAUGAGCAUGCGAUGUCGUUAUAUGCCUCCUUAAAUCUUCCGUACCCCACGACUCCAAAACCACCAGUUCAUACGAAUACGAGUGUCACUGUGCCUACAUUAGGAGAAUUCCCAUCGAUGAUUUCCGGGAAUUUUAGAACGUCGAGUAAUUUUGGAAGAAUGUUCCCAAGUAAUUCAGUUGCAUUUGUGGAAGAAUACCCAAGGAAGGAAAGUUUGAGAUCGAAAGAAAGAGCUCAUGCUUCAUUACAAAGAAUCAGAUCAAGAAGACAGAGUAAAGGAGUUAGAAACGUGCUGAAGAAUAAUAGAUUUCCUAGUUUUGAGAAACAUAAUGGAAGUUUUUUGAUGACUGUGCCUUCAUCACCCGCAUCUCCUGGUCAUAAUAAUAAUCACAAGAAUGGAAUUCAUUCAAAUUCGAAUACGUUGACGAAAACAAUUACAAACGAUCAUAGUGCUUCAGAAUUUGUCAGUACUUCGUCAGUGAAUUUGAUAUCUGAUGUUUCAGCAAGUGCAAUUGAUGAUACUACCAGUACGGCAAUCCCCAGUCAAGAUUUCUUAUCCAGUGAAGAACAUCUCAGUCAAGACCAUACUUGGAAUGAACAUGAGCGGAAUCAUGAAGUGCGGAAUAAAGUAUAUGCCGAUUUAUUGGAGACUGUAUUACGACAAAGUUUGGAAGAUUGUGAUAUUAAAGAACAUCAAGAUCGUUGGGUUAAGGCAUUACAAAAGCUGUUGGAAUGUAUUAAUUUUAUAAGAAUCACGGAUACGUUGGAUGUGAAACAAUAUAUUAAGAUAAAGAAGAUAUUGGGAGGUAAGAUUGAAGAAACUAGUGUUAUUGAUGGAUUAUUCAUGACCAAAAAUAUCGAUUCGAAGAGGAUGUCAUUUGAGAUUGAUAGUCCCAGGAUUGCAUUGUUGAUGUUCCCGGUGGAAUAUUUGAAACAGAAAGAACAGUUUAUUAGUUUGAGAAUUAUCCAUGCUCAACAAUCGGUCUAUAUUUCCAAUUUAGUCUCGAGAUUGAUUUCAUUAGAGCCGGAUAUUAUCGUCGUGGGUGAUUCUGUUUGUGGAUUAGCUGAACAAUUGUUGGAAGAAAGUGGGAUAACUGUUAUGUCUAAUGUUAAACCCCAAGUGAUUGAAAGAAUUUCUCGAUAUUGUAAAGCGGAUAUCUUCCAAUCGGUGAAUGAUUUAUUUUUCAAAAAGGGGAAAUUGGGCACUUGUGAACGGUUUGAAAUUAAGAGAUAUAAAUUUGAUAACAUAAUUAAGACAUUUGCAUUUUUCACAGGAAGUGAACUUGCAAAUGGAUUUACAAUUUGUUUGAGAGGUGGUGAUGAGGAAUUAUUGAAUAGUAUAAAAUAUGCGGCUGAGACGUUGAUUUCGGGAUAUCUUAAUUCUAGGUUUGAAAAGAGUUAUUUUGAUAAUUUAUUAGUGUCAUUUGAUAAAGAAUUGACGAAUUCAAAAGUGGUUGAAAUUAAUCGGAAAUUACAAGAGAUUAAUAAUCCGGAAGAUGAUGAUGAUAAAGAAGAAGAAUCAAAGAGUUGUGAAUUAAGUCUAGAUAGUACUGAAGUUGUUAAUUAUGUCAAGUUAUUUAAUGAACGGAAAUUAAGUCUUUCUCCAAUCCUGAUGUUUACCUUACCUACUCCAUUAGUGAAUGUUAUUGAUUCAUAUUAUAAUUUCCAUGGAUAUUUCAAAAGAAAUAAGGUCAUUCAGAAUUUAGAAUCAGUAGAAGGAAUUGAUGAUAGUUGGUUAGAUGAACUUCGUGUGAAUUUAGAUAUAUCUGCAUUACCUAACAAACAAGAUGAUUUAUUAAGGAUAUUGCAAUUUGCCAGUGAUAUUCACCUAAAAGGAUUAAUCAAUGAAUAUAAUUCCCGAGCCCGGAUUUGGUCCAAUUGUAUGAGAUAUAAUUCAUAUCAAUUAUAUCCGAUCUUCCAUAGAAAUAUCCAUGUUUUACAUUCUACUGUUUCCAUCAAGCAUGCAACUCCUUGUACGGGGCCAAGUAUUGUAGUUAUUGAUUAUUAUACCGAUAAUGAUAAAUGUUUAGGGUUGUUCUUAGACCAAACUUUCCAAGAAAGUACCAAGAAAUGUACUGAUUGUGAAGAACCCAUUAUUGAUCAUUAUAAGAGUUAUGUCCACGGAAAUGCCAAGAUUGAUUUAAUAUUAGAGAAAUUUGACAUUGCUACCAAUUCGAAUUAUCAAGGUAAGAAUCAACGAGUGAUGUGGAGUUAUUGUAAAGUAUGUAAUUAUGCCACACCUAUAAUUGUCAUGAAUGAUGAGACUUAUUAUUUAUCAAUUGGGAAAUUUUUUGAGAUUUGGUUUUAUGGAGAAAAUAUUCAUGGAGGAUGUGAGCAUGAUUUCACCACGAAUUAUGUCAGAUGUUUUGCAUUUAAUGAUUUGGUUAUCCGGAUGGAAUAUUCUAUGAUUGAUAAUUAUGAGAUUAUGGUGCCUAAGAAACAAUUGGAAUUUAUUCCUGAUAUUGAUGUGAAAUUGAAAUUGGAUGCUUAUAAUAAUAUUCAAUCCAAGACAAUCCAUUUCUUUGAAUCGAUAUCCAAAAGAUUGAAUCGUGUUAAAUUGGAUACAUUUGAGAAGGCAGAAGAUGGGAUGAAGAGGAUUAAAGAAUUGAAGGAUAAUUUAGAACAACAAAAGAGUCAACUUGUUGAAAAAUUACAAAAUAUUUAUAAUUCAACUGUUCCUACCAAUUAUGUUGGAUUGAAUGUGAUAUUGAGAGAUUUACAGAAAUUAGGUGUGAUUUGGGAUAAUGAAUUUAAUGAAUUUGAGAAGAAGUUUUUACCUAGUGAAAAUGAAAUUACUAGAAUUACUCAGUUUCAUUUACGUAAUUUCUUGAUGGAUAAAUACAAAGAGGACGAUGAAGCUAUUAACAAUAAUGAAGAGAAUAAAGAAGUGGAAAUGGUGGAUAUGUCAUCACAUAGAAAGAGUAAUGUUCAAGAAGAAUCUAAUAAAUCUGAAUCAAGUUCUAAGCUGGUAGCUGAAAAUUCUGAAACUGCUCCAUUGCUUGAAUUACCUAAAACCAUACCAUUGGAUAGAAGGUUUUCCGAUUCAAAUAUUGAAACGAAAAUGUUUUCCAAUAAUACAUUAUAUCAUCAAGGGUCAAAUAUUUCUGAAAGAAUAAGUAAGUGGCAACAAACAGUUGAAGAGAAUACUAAACGUGAGCAACAACCACAGCCUACUGCUUUGAUAAAUGUUUCAUCAUCCACUGUUCCUGUGCUUGGUCGCAGAGUGUCGUCUACUUCAAGUAGAACUUCUGAAAACAGUGUACAUUCUAAUCCCAACCCAGCCACGACUACAUCCCAACCUGUGGGCACAACCAAUACAGUUAUCCCAUCGCAAAACAAAGUCAUUCAUUUGGCAAAUUAUUUCGAUAAGAUAUAUUAUGAUCAAAUUUCUUUGGAAUUUUCCAAACAACGUCAACGUGAAUUAAAGAAAAAACCGAAAGUCAAAGCACAACCUAUAUUUGAAAGUAAACCAAUUGUGGAAAUCUAUAACAAGAUUGAAGAUGUGGUUGGAGCAGGUUUGGAUGAAGAUAAGAAUAAGCUAAACAGACACCAAGUUAUUGACAGUAAGAGAAGUAGUGAUGAAGAACCUCGAGAAAUGAAUAUCCCAACUACUCAACCACCAGCACAACAAGCCAUUGAAAUCUCUCAGCCUGAGAAACAAUCCUUAUUGAAAUCAUUGACUAAUUUCUGGGCAGAUCGUUCGGCGACAUUAUGGGAUCCAUUGGCAUAUGCGUUAGAAGAUCAUGAGCAUACAUUUGCUGAUUCUGAUGUGAUUGUGAGAGAAGAUGAACCAAGUUCGUUGGUUUCGUUUUGUUUGUCGUCGAAUGAUUAUAAACUGAAGAUCCAAACUGCGUUAGAAUUGAAUGAUGAUAUUGUUGGUAGUGGUGGUGAUGGAGGUGAUGGCGAGAAGUUUAAUGAACAAUUGGAUAGUUCUCAACGAAAGAAGAUGAAUCAGUUUUAUAAAAUUGAAAAGAAGUUUAAGAAGAAUAUUAAUGAUUUUAAUCGAUUAAAUAUCUUAGAGAAUGUUUUGACUAAGAAUAAAUCCAAUCAUUUGAAAUAUCAAUUUAUUGAUGGGAAUACCAAUUUAUCAUGUAAGAUUUUCUAUAGUGAACAAUUUGAAGCAUUAAGAAGAACCUGUGGGAAUAAUGAUAAUUUUAUUCAAAGUUUGAGUAGAUGUAUCAAAUGGCAGUCUAGUGGAGGUAAAAGUGGAUCCAAUUUCUUGAAAACAUUAGAUAAUCGAUAUAUCGUUAAAGAAUUAUCCAAGUCUGAAUUAGAAUCAUUCGUUUCAAUUGCUCCAUUUUAUUUCAAAUAUAUUAGUCAAGCCAUCUAUAAUAGUCUUACUACAGCCAUUGCCAAAAUCUUUGGAUUUUAUCAAGUUCAAAUCAAAAACACAACCACUGGGAAAUUAUUCAAGAUGGAUUUCUUAAUCAUGGAGAAUUUAUUCUAUAAUCAUAAAACUACCCGUAUUUUUGAUUUAAAGGGUUCAAUGAGAAAUCGUCAUGUUCAACAAACAGGGAAAGAAAAUGAAGUCUUAUUAGAUGAGAAUAUGAUUGAAUAUAUUUAUGAAUCACCAGUAUUCGUUAAAGAACAACUGAAGAAACUAUUAAGAGGAUGUUUAUUCAAUGAUACCAGUUUUCUUUCUGCUAUGGAUGUGAUGGAUUAUAGUUUAGUUAUUGGAAUUGACGAUUCAAGUAAGAAAUUAUAUAUUGGUAUAAUUGAUUGGUUAAGGACAUUUACAUGGGAUAAGAAGGUUGAGAAUUGGGUGAAGGGGAAUAAUUUGAUUGGAGGGAACAAGAGGGGGAAAGAUCCUACUAUUGUGACUCCAAAACAGUAUAGAGCUAGGUUUAGAGAAGCUAUGGAGAGGUAUAUUUUAGAAGUACCAGAUAUUUGGUAUGAAGGACCAAAGUAA